AUGGAAGACAGAAAAGCCUUCGACCUUCGCCUUCCUCUGUUUUUCUGGAAUGUUGGAUUAUCUAUAUUUUCAACUUGCGGUGCCUGGCGUUUUGGACACGAAUUUUUCUAUGUUUUGUUAAAUAGAGGAUUUCAAGAUUCAAUUUGCCUUUCAUUCUCUCCGGCAGAGCCAGUCGCUUUUUGGGCAAUGUGUUUUGCCCUCUCAAAAAUUGCUGAAUUUGGAGACACCGUUUUUCUGCUUCUGCGAAAGAGACCCCUAAUAUUUCUUCAUUGGUUCCAUCAUGCUGUUGUACUUAUUUAUAGCUGGCAUUCAGCAACAGAAUUAACAGCCGCUGGGCGUUGGUUUAUUCAAUUAAAUUAUAUGGUCCACUCAGUUAUGUAUGCCUACUAUGCAGCUGCCUGUAUUGGGAUAAGGGCUCCUAAAUGGAUUUCAAUGAGUGUCACUGCAAUGCAGACAACCCAGGCAAGUUGUCUCAAAAUGUCAAAUACCUAUAAAAAUUUUCGAAUUUUCAAAUACGCGCUCUUAUUUCAAAAUAUGCUCAUCGGCGUUUUCAUUUCCCUCUACGUAGCCUAUCUAAAAGGAACUCAAGACAUCAAUUUUAUCUGUCAACAAUCAGUCCAAAAUAUGUGUAUUUGCUUCACAAUAUAUUCUGCUUUUGCUGUACUUUUUACACGCUUUUUCGUCAAAGCUUAUAUCCAAAAAGGAGAAAGGCGAAAGAUUACACAUUCAAAUAAUUCUGUGAAACAAGAAUAA